CUUUUAUCUUAUAACAACGUGUUAUGUACUACACGUCUAAAAAGUACGACUAAUUCUCCCUAGACAGCAUUUAUUUCCGUAAACAAAAACACGUGCUUUCAUUUUUAGCGUAAUACUCAAAUUACAAAAUGCCGUCGAAUGUUGAAAUAAAAGCACAUUUAAAAGACUUAGCAGGUGUCUGUAAGGUAGCAGAACAGAUCUGUACUGAAGGACCAACCAUUCUACAGCAAGAAGACACAUUCUUCACUGUGGAUAAAGGAAGACUCAAACUGCGAAAGAUUGAGGGUAGAACGGCGCAACUGAUUUUCUACGAUAGACCUGAUCAAACUGGACCCAAAUUCAGUGACUACAACAUUACUGAAGUCGCCAACCCUGACAGUCUCAAGGAGACCCUUGGUAAAUGUCUUGGUAUAAAGGGAGAAGUGAAGAAAACAAGAACUCUUUAUAUGGUAGGACAAACACGUGUCCACAUCGACAAAGUUCAUAAUCUCAAUGAUGGUGACUUCAUGGAGCUGGAGGUUGUGAUGAAAGACGGACAGACAGUGGAAGAAGGACAAAGCAUUGCUGAUGAUUUAAUGACCAAACUUGGAAUCUCAAAAUCAGAUCUUAUAUCUGGUGCCUAUAUAGACAUGAUUUUAGGAAAAAGUUGAAUUUACUGAAUGCUAUUGUUUGGAUUAAUAUUAGGGAGCUAUGAAUAAUAAUUUCAAUGUGUUCUAUUCACUUUUCAUUUUUCAUUUUUCAUUUUUAUUUUAGUUAACAACACUGUAUAGGCUUAUGUAGACUAAUUGUGCAAUUCUGGUCACAAAAUGUUAUCAUUUUCGAUUUGAUGAUUGAAAAUCAUUAAAAUAAAUGAAUGUAAACAUCA